AAUUCAUGAUUCUCUAUGAAAAUCAAGUGAAAAUAAUAUAUAUUAUUGAUAUUAAAAUCAGUGCUUGGUUGAGCCUAUUCUGAGAGGUGCCUUCAACGCCUUCCAUAGCAUCAUUGACGAAUUUUCCAAGCACAUGGUGGGCAAGUAAUUAACUUCUGAAUUUUCAAACCAAAAAGUUCAUUAAUUUGUCAAAGUAGCUUGUCAAUGAAUGGACAUCUAGCCACCCACCAACCGAAUAUGGUACAAGUCCCAUGUAAAAUACCAAGGAAAAACUCUGUUCAGAAUCAUCAUUGUUUCAUGGCUUCCAAGAAACAGUGUCUGAAGCGUUUGCUUUUAUUCUUUCAUAUUACAAUAGCUACCUCCCUUGACAUCAUCUCCAUAAAUCAAAACUUCACAGAAGGCCAUCUUCUAGUUUCCAAGGGAAAUAAUUUUGCAUUUGGGUUUUUUAGCCCUGGCAAUUCUACCAAUAAAUAUCUUGGAAUUUGGUUCCAUGAAGUUUCAAAACCAUCAAUUGUGUGGGUCGCAAACAGGAACAACCCGGUCACUGGAUCCUCAGGAAUUCUCUCAAUCAACCCAUAUGGGAAUCUAGUUCUGUACAAUGAUCCUACCCAAAAAGUUCCACUGUGGUCUACAAAUGUUUCAGGGGAAGUAACUGAAUCUUGUGUAGUUCAACUCUUGGAUUCUGGUAAUUUGGUUUUGCUCCAAGGCAGAAACAAAAGAUGGGCAUGGCAAAGCUUUGAUUAUCCUACUGAUACACUUCUACCUGGAAUGAGACUUUCGCUGAAUCGAAAAACUGGUAGGGAGCAUAUCUUAACUUCAUGGAGAUCAGAAGAUGACCCAGGAAAUGGAGACUACUCGAUUAAGUUCAAUCCAAGGGGCAUACCGCAAAUCUUUGUAUACAAAGGCUCAAGACCUCACUGGAGAGCCUCCCCGUGGCCAUGGAGGACGUUCUCUGAUGUAUACAAUUACAGUUAUGAAUUUAAUCAAGAGGAGAUGUACUUUUUCUACAAUAUCAAAGAUGCUUCUAUCAUCAUAAAAGUAAUGGUGGAUGAUUCAGGAUUCAACAAGUGGCUAAGGUGGCAUAACAGUGACAGCCAAUGGAAAGAGUUCUGGACUACACCUAAAUACAGGUGUGAUUUCUAUGCACAGUGUGGUCCUUAUAGCAAGUGUGAUCCUAGCAAUCCAGAUAGAUAUGAGUGUUCUUGUUUACCUGGCUAUGAACCCAGAUACCCAAAAGACUGGUAUCUAAGAGAUGCAUCAGGAGGAUGUGUCAGGAAGAGAUUAGAAUCUUCCUCAGUUUGUGGACAUGGAGAAGGAUUUGUGAGAGUUGAUUAUGUCAAGUUUCCAGACACUUCAACUGCAGCUUUUGUGGGCGUGAAUAUGAGCCGUAUGGAGUGUGAAGAGGAAUGCUUGAGAAACUGUUCUUGCUCUGCAUAUGCAAAUGUAGAAAUUGCUGGGAAAGAAAGUAGAUGUACGGCAUGGUAUGGGGAACUAAUGGACACAGCAGAUCAUAUGGAUAACAAAUAUAAUCUGUAUGUUCGGGUUGACGCAAUUGAAUUAGCAAAUGCCAGAGAGUCAAAUUUUUUUCUCAGAAAGGGGCUGGACGUUUUAGUACUGUCUAUUGUUUUAGCAUGGCUCACCAUUUUAUUGUUUGGCUAUAUGUGGCACAGGCGAAAGAAGAAAAGAGUGGCGAAGAUCAAAUGGGAAAGAGAACUCUUUGAUCCCAUCAAAGGUUCAGUCUACUACAAAAAUACUUUGGUGGCACGUGAGCUUGGUCGGAAUAGUCAUCCUCCAGACAUAGAAUUCUUCAAUCUCAGCACCAUAGUUGCUGCCACAAACAACUUCUCUCCGGCUAACAAGCUCGGGCAGGGUGGCUUUGGUUCAGUUUAUAAGGGUGAGCUAUCAAAUGGACAGGAGAUUGCUGUGAAACGGUUAUCAAAAUGUUCAGGGCAAGGAAUAGAAGAAUUUAAAAAUGAAGUUAUGCUGAUUGCAAAGCUUCAACAUAGAAAUCUAGUAAAACUUCUUGGAUGCUGCAUUCAGGGAGGAGAACAAAUGUUAAUUUAUGAAUAUUUGCUAAACAAAAGUUUGGAUACCUUUCUUUUUGAUCAAACAAGAAAAUCAGUACUUGAUUGGAGAGAACGCUUCAGUAUUAUAAUGGGGAUUGCUCGUGGCAUCUUAUAUCUCCACCAGGACUCGAGAUUGAGAAUUAUUCAUAGGGAUCUAAAAUGUAGCAAUAUUCUAUUAGACGAAGAUAUGAAUCCAAAAAUUUCGGAUUUUGGCAUGGCUAGAAUAUUUACAACAGAACAAAUUCAAGAAAAAACGAACAGAGUAGUUGGAACAUAUGGGUAUAUGUCACCAGAAUAUGCAGUGUUCGGAAAAUUUUCAAUAAAAUCUGAUGUCUUUAGCUUUGGGGUCAUAUUAUUGGAGAUAGUGAGUGGGAAGAAGAGCAAUGGAUUUUACCAAGAGGAUUCUUCCUUGAGCUUGAUAGGACAUGUGUGGAAGUUAUGGAAAGAAGAAAGAGUGCUGGAGAUUGUUGAUUCAUCAGUAGGAGGAUCAUAUCCUCUCCAAGAAGCCUGGAGAUGCAUUCAAAUUGGGCUCUUAUGUGUUCAGGAAAAUGCUGUUGACAGACCAACAAUGUCAGAUGUUGUGAUGAUGUUGAGCAGUGAAACAGCUCUUCCCUCUCCAGAACAGCCUGCUUUCAUUUUCAGAACUUCUUGCAGCAGUUCACUGUCUCUGGAAAUUGGAGAAGUGGAAGCCUCAUCUUCCAUGAAUGAGGUUACAAUUGUUAGCUUUGUAACCCGCUGAUGACCAUUUUUGCAGAUUGCCCAGAAUUUAGAAUUCACUAAUCUGUGGCCCAAAACCCAAUUAAUCCACUAAAAGGUAUUUUAAUUUUAAUUAAAUAAUUCAAUUAAAGGUUAUUUCUUUUUACAAAUUUUACUUAAAAUUAAAAUAAAAUCAUAAUAAUUAAAGAUAAAUAAAGUAGAGUCGAAAUUAUGAGAAUCAAACUCAAAUGAUUUGAUCCGAUCUCUGUUUUCACCAAAUAAAAACAAUUGUCUAUUUCAAUUCCUGUCCAACUUUUGGGUUACGUGUUCAAUUGGGAAAGGGUUAUCAUAGGCCCGGUUUCUCAAUAAUGCAAAUAAUAAUAAUAAUAAAAGACUUAAAAUAAUAAUUCUCUGACUUUGGAACCAAAAAAGAAAAUAAAGUAAAAUAAAAUCUGGUAUAGCUCUUUUCCAAUUUUCUACUAAUAACUAAACCAAAAGCCAGGCUAAGAAUACAUUCUGACAAACAAACAAUAAGAGUGAAAAAAAAAAAAAAA